UGGUGUCCCCGCGUGUCCGUGCGCGUCCCCCCCACAGGGCGGGGCUCCCCCCUCGGUGGGGUGCGUGUGCGUGUGUCCCCGCGCCGUGCCCCCCGGUGCCCCCCGCGGCGGGGAGGGGCCGGCCCCGGCCCCCGCCCAGCUCCCGCCCGCAGCCGGGGCCGGGCCGGUCGGUGCGGGGCGGCCAUAAAUCACGGCGGGCAGAGCCCCCGCCCCGCCGCCGCCCUCCGCCGCCGCCGCCCGGGGGACCGGGGAGGGGGGGGCAGAGCCCCGCCGCCGCCCCCGCCCCCAGCCCCUGCAGAUGUGGCGGAGCGGCCCGGCGGCCCGGCAGCGGGGGGGCCCGCUCCGCCAAGCCCCGCUCCCCGCCCGGCGCUGAGCCCCCGCCGCAGCGCCCACCCUGGCACCAUGCAUUCGCUGGAGGAGCCGCUGGAUCUCAAGCUGAGCAUCUCCAAGCUGAGAACUGCCCGGGAGAAGCGGGGUCCCCCCGGUCCCAGACCCCGUGGUCCCCAGCGCUCGGAUGCCCCGCCGGCCGGGGAUGGCCGUGGAGGGAGCCGGGGGGGUCGCCGGGCAGUGCCGGCCUCGCCGUCCCCCGGUCUCCUGGCACACUCCAGGCUGGUGGAGCCACGGGAUGGGCACUUUGCCGCCAUGCCGGUGGUGGACCUCAGCCUCUCGCCCCGCUCCGGUGGGGAGUCCCCGGCCGGCAGCGCCUCGCUCUCUCCUGAGCGCCAGGGCAGCGGGGACCUGCCUGGCCCCCUCACCCCCCACGAUUUCCAGUCCCUGCGCUACAUCGACGGCCUUCCCAGCUCCUUCCAGUUCUUCCUGCCGCUGGGGGCGGGGGGGGCCCUGCACCUGCCCCCCGCCGCCUUCCUGCCCCCCAGCAAGGAGAAACGCCUCCCCCCCGAGCUGCCCCUGCCCAAGCAGCUCGUCUGCCGCUGGUCCAAGUGCAACCAGUUCUUCGACCUCCUGCAAGACCUGGUGGACCACGUCAAUGACUUCCACGUCAAACCCGAGAAGGACGCGGGGUACUGCUGCCACUGGGAGGGCUGCGCCCGCCACGGCAGGGGCUUCAACGCCAGGUACAAGAUGCUGAUCCACAUCCGGACGCACACCAACGAGAAGCCACAUCGUUGCCCCACCUGCAACAAGAGCUUCUCCCGCCUGGAGAACCUGAAAAUCCACAACCGCUCGCACACAGGUGAGAAGCCCUACAUCUGCCCCUACGAAGGCUGCAACAAGCGUUACUCCAACUCCAGCGACCGCUUCAAGCACACCCGCACCCACUACGUGGAGAAGCCCUACUCCUGCAAGAUGCCGGGCUGCCACAAGCGCUACACCGACCCCAGCUCCCUCCGCAAGCACAUCAAAGCCCACGGCCAUUUCGUCUCCCCCGAGCACCCGGAGAUGCUGAAGGUUCACCCGCCUCCCAAAACGCCCCUGGGUUCGGCAGAGGUGCCCUACGUUAACGGGGCACAGCUCGUGAUCCCCAACCCUGCCGCCCUCUUCGCUCCCCCGGGGCUGCCGGCGUUGCCCAUCCCUUUGGCGCCGGCACCGCUCGACCUCAGCGCCUUGGGUUGCGGUGCUGCCGGCGCCCUGCCCGCCCUGCCGGGCCCCGUCCUGCCCCUCAACGGCGGCCCCUUGAACUUGGCCAAGAGCCCGCUGCUGCCCUCGCCCUUCACGGCGGGGCUGGGGCUGCCCGUCAUGUCGCUGCUGGCCGGCGGGGCCAAGGCCGAGGGGGAGAAGGGCAGCGGGGCUGAGGGGCGGCCGCCCAAGGCGGCCAAAGGGCCGGAGAGCCGGAAGGAGAGGUGCGAAAGGACGGAGCCGGGGCGGCCGCGGGUGCCCCCCGAGAGCCUGGCGCUGCUGCCGGGGGCCGUGCUCGACCUCUCGGCCGGCGUCAGCUCGGGGGGCAGCCCCGAGGCGCUGCCGCCCGGCUGGGUGCUCAUCCCCCCCGGCUCCCUGCUGCUCAAACCCGCCGCUGUCAAUUGAGGGGGGGUGGGGGUCCGACGAUGCCCGGGGCCGGCUGCCGGCCCGGCGGGCAGAUCCUGCUCCCCAGGGGUGGGGGGGGGCAUCGCCCCCUCCUCCUCACCACAGCCCCCCCCAGCCCCGGCGGGGCCUCACUCGCGCUUUUAACCGUCACGAAAGAAGAACGGACUCUUCUGAGAAAAGCAAUAAUCCCUCAGCGGCCGGAGCUGGCCGCAACCCUGUGCCGGGGGCAGCCAUGGGGGUAUGGGGGGGGGGGGUCCCCAUGCUCCCCCCGCGUUUGGGCAGCCGGAGAUGCCGCUAUUUAUUUCUCGACCAGCCCCCUGCUCCGACGGGGCCCCGGUUGGGCUCAUCUGCUGCCGCCGACUCGGCAUCUCCCUGCCCGAGGCCUCGGCAUCGCCGGUGCCAGCGUGAGGGGGCCGCAGCCCCCAGCCCCCCACUGUGGGGACAGCGGGGUGACAGCUCAGGGACCGACUGCUCCCCCAGCCCCGAGCUGUACCUGGCCGUGCCAUCCCACCCCACCCAGCCAGCGCGGCCGCGGGCAACGCCGUAGCCACGGCCCCUCGGCGCGGUCCCUGCCGUGCCAGGCCCAGCUGGCUGGGCACACACCGGCCCGGCGCCUGCCCGCAUCCCUCCUGCUCUGCGGCCGCCCUCGACCCCUCGCCGCCUCCCCGGCCCUCCCCGUGACAAGGCACACGGCCGCGUGUGCCGCUCACCGCGCCGGCUCCGCGCCGGGGCAGAGCCACCCUGUUUAGCUACGUUCAUACCUAACCACGUACCGCGAGCGCAUGCGGGCAGCGGGCAGCGCGGGCAGGACUCCAGGUGCCGGCAGAGCUGCUGCCGGUUUCGCCUUGGCACCGGCUGGCGGGGCACCCGCUCCUCGGGACGUGCCGGCCCCUCCCACAGCGAGGUUCCCCGGUGAGGCCCCCCCCAGGGCCAUGGGGCAGCGUUGGGGUGGGCGGGAUUCUGCCGCGGUGCCAGGAGCGGGCAGCGUGCCCGGCCGGAGCCCAGAGCCUCCCCCGGCGCACACGGGGGGGGGUCCCACGUACCUCCCACUGCCAGGCAGGCCCCCCCACCCACGGCUUUCUCCGAAAGACGGUGGGGGUGUCUCCCCGACCCUGCUGGAAGGAGCCCCCGGCCACGCGCGCCCCACGGGGAGCCGGUCUCCCUGCCCUCACCCUCCUGGGGCCGGGGCGCGGCGGCCACCCGGCACUGCCACAGCCCCAGCAUGGCCGCGGGCCAUCGACCAGGCCGCCCCGGCCGGUGUACGGUGUACGUUUCCUCGCUCCUUCGUCGGUUUGUUGUUGCACAUUCCAGGACAUCAGUAUUUUAACGGUCUCGAAGUGCCUUUCUAUCGUAGUUUCUGGGUUGUUUUUGUUUUCCUCCUGUUGGGCUCCAUCGCUGUUAGCAUAGCGUUUAAGGACUGCAGAAGUAAGAGAUAAGCUAACGACUAUAACACUAUAUUCCUCCGGGGAGAGGAAGUUUAUUAAGAAAACAAUAAAGUGAAGUUGAAGUAA